AUGGUGCAGUGCCCGCGGUGUCGCGCCAUCCUGCAGGAGCCGCCCAUGGGGCACCCCUUCUACAAGUGCGGCAGCUGCCUCACCGUCCUGCAAGGUGCCGCCCCCCGCUUGCCCUCCCUUCUUCCCCCAUCUCGCCUCUCGCCGCCCCCCUCCGCGUCCCGCCACGUAAGUGAGGCUCGUCGCGUCAGGCUGGGCAGAGCAGCAGCCCUCAUCUGUCACCCCGCUGCGGUGCCCACCCGCCACGAUGCGUGCACCCGCUGCGCGCGGUCGUUUAAUCCGCAAAAUAUUCCUACUUUGCUACCCUGCCCCCUGCAUUUUCAUCUUGCAAACCUGCUCUGUUUCCAUUCGUCCCACGACUCCCCUUCGCUGCCCCACCGCCCCUCUCCUUCCCUCCACAUUUCCGCCCUCGUGUUCCCGCCGUCAGCGAAGCAUGCCGUGGGCGUGGCGGGGCCGCGCCAUCCGGUGGGCGUGGACGUGUCCUUGCCUCGCGCCUCCUCCUCCGCCAACCUCUCCGCGCCUUCCGCUGCAGCACCGCGCGGAGAGGGAGAGGGGCAGCGGGAAGCAGCGGGAGUAGCGGGUGCGGGCGGCGAGGGGGCGAGAUUUAACCGUAGCGACAGCAGGGGCGCUGGGUUGAACGAUGCAGAGAUGCAUGCGCCGCAGCAGCAGUCGCCGCAGCAGUCGCCGCAGCAGUCGCCGCAGCAGUCGCCCGCGCACGCGAUGGUGCCUCGCCAGCGCACCAUGCCUUCGCGCCUCUUCCCCGCCGCCCACUCCGCCCACUCCGCCCACGCCCCCUCCCCUUUCUCUCUCGCCGCGCCCUCCUCCCCCGGCCUCAGCCGCCCUGGCAGCACCGACCGCCCGGAAACCCCAAGCGGAGCAGCGGGGGCGGAGAGCGACAGCGAGCGCGCGGCCCAAGGCGUGCUCCCCCGCCAGACCACUCUCCCCCCCCGCUUCCCGCACGCCUCCCGCUUCGCACAGCCUCUGGGCCAGCCGCCUCCGGGCCUGCGCACGGCCUCCCCAGACCCGCGCGCGCCUGCAGCAGCGGAGGCGAGCGGGGGGAGAGAGCGGGGCAGUGGGGCGGAAGGGGGAGAAGAGGGGAGCGGAGGCGAGGAGGGGGAGGACGUGGCGGAGCUGAGGCGGCAGGUGACGAUGCCAGGGGGGGCGGCGGGGGAGGGCGGGCGGUGGCGGGAGAUGGGCGCGCCGAGCAGGGGGCUGCUGAGACAGCUCACCGACCCGCAGGAGAAUAGACCCACCGCCAGAGUGGUGCAGAGCGGUGAGGCAGGGGGGCCGAGCGAGGGGGCGGACUGGCAGGAGAGGGAGGGCGGAGGCAUGGGCGCGAGGGCAGGCGAGUGGGGUGAGGGUGCGUCAACAGCAGGGUCGAGCGUGGGGCCAUCGCCCUCGCUGCUCCACAUUCUCACGAGGCAGCGAUCACAGCACAGCAGAGCGGGCGAGCAGGAGCGGGGUGCAGGGCGGGGCGAGGAGGCCGAGGAGGAGGAGCACGGGAUUGGAGGGCCGAACAGAGCAGCAGAGAGGGCGGGGGUAGCAGGCGUGGGUGGUAUGAGCGGCGGUGGGCGGGGGGGAGUGGGGAAGGGCAGGGGCAGUCAUGAGGGGCCGUACCUGAUGCGGCUGAAGGGCGAGGACGAGGGGGAGGGGCAGCCUGGGGGGCGCAGUGAGUGGCGUGGUGGCAGCGCCGCCAGCAGCAGGCUCUCUUACGACUCAAACCCUGAUUUGACCAUGGCCAUGAAUGGCAUGAGCAUGGGCAUGGACGAUGCGGGCAUGGGCAUGGAUGGCAUGGGUGCAGGCAGCAGCAGCAGCAGCAGCAGCGCGCUCAUCCGCCAGCGCACCAUGCCUCUGCCCUGCCCCUCCCACCGUGCGCUCUCUGCUGCGCCCUCUCUCCCCCACGGCCACUCCCCCAUGCCGGCCCCCACGGUGGGGGCAACACACAGCGCGGACACCAGCGCGGGUAGUGGCGCAGGCAGCCCCUAUGCCUCCGCGGACGCCCCCUCGUGGCUGCCCCGCCAGCACACCAUGCCCGCCUCCCUCCCGCCCCCUGUGCCCGCCCCUGCCUCCCCCGCGCCCGCCUCCCCCGCCUCCGCCUCCAGAACCGCUGCAGGGGCAGGGGCAGGCGCAGGGGGAGGCGCAGGGGGAGGGGGAGGGGCGGAGGCGGGCGGGGCGAGUGGGGGAAAGGGGCUGAGGGAGCGGCGGCCACUGGCAUCGAAGCUAAAGGCGCUGCUGGAGCUGAAGCCGCUCAGAGGGGCGGGGGGGGAGGGCGCGGGCGAGGGGGGCAAGGGGGCGAGUGCGUGGCGGCUGGCGGGCGUGGGGCAGGUGAGCCCGCUGCAGGGCGCUGCCAGGUACGUCCAGCAGGCCUUCGCCCCCCGCUCGCCCAAACCCGCCAAGGCAGCGCCGGCGCAGAGGGAGCGAGGCCGGGAGGGGGCGGGUAGCGGAGGCGUGGCAGGAGGGAGGGGCGAGGGCGCGGAGAGAGGGGUGGGGAAUGGCUUGGGCGAGGGGAUGGGGGAAGAGGAGGAGGGCGAGCAGUGGGGGAUGCAGGGGGUGGUGGCGCGGAGGAGGGGAGGGGUGGAGGAGCAGGAGGUGUGGAACAGCGGUGCUGUAGCCAUGUCGGAAGGCAGAGGCAUGGGGCCAGAGGGCAUGCAGCCACACAUGGGCAUGGGCGUGGGCGUGGGGAUGGGGUUGCAGUCUUAUUCCAUGCACAUGGGCCCGCCCAGAGGCGUGGGGAUGGGCAUGGGCAUGGGGGUGCAAUCGUAUUCCAUGCACAUGGGCCCGCCCACAGGCAUGGGCGUGGGCGUGGGGGUGCAAUCAUACUCGAUGCACAUGGGCAUGCCCUGGCGCUCUGCCUCCCAUGCGCAACCCAUGGCAGGGGAACCAGGCACGGGCAUGGGUGGCGGCAGGAGGAGCAUGGGGGGGGGUGGUGGGGGUGCAAGGGAGGAAGCAAGGCUGGCGGUGGGGGAGGAGGGCGGGGGCGGUGGCGCGGUGUACAGGAGAAGCGCGAGCUCGAGAGGAUUGGAGGAGGGCGGGGCUAUGGGGGCAACGGGGCAGGCGGGCGACAGGAACCAGGCUGGUGCGAUGGGCAGGAGGGGGGCAGGGGGGUGGGGCAGUGGGGACGCGAGGAGUUGGGGCAGUGCAGGCAACGUGGCAGCAGCAGGGCGAGGGGACGCGUACAGGGCAGAGCAGGGCAUGGCGCGGCACUCUGACGCCCAUGGUGUGGGCAGCGCCCCGCCCCAGCAGCAGCAGCAGCAGCAGCAGCAGCAGCAGCAGCAGCAGCAGCAGCAGCAGCAGAGGGGCCAUGCAGCAGGGGGGGCAGGCGAGGGGCCUGCAGGUGUGAAGACGGGUUGGGGGGCACAGGGGCAUGUGGAGGGCGAGCGGCAGGCAGGUGCAGCAGGAGCAGCUGCGGGGCCCACAAGCAGUGACAACCAGGCGUCCUCCCAGGUGCCGCCGGACCUGCCGUGGCUUCCCCCGCCAGACGCCCCUCAGUUCGUGCAGUGCCAGCACUGCGGGCAGACACUAGCAGUGCCGCAGAAUCUGCCACGCAGCCGCAAGAACAAGAUGGUGCAGCGCCUCAGGUGCGGCAGCUGCCUCGCUAUCUCCUCCUUCGCCAUCCCAACCUCCCCUUCACCCGCCCUCCCCUCCUCCGCCCUCCCCUCCUCCGCCUUCCCCGCCUCCCACUCCCUGCCCCUCCACCUCCACUCCUCUCCAUCUCUCGCUUCCGCGGAACUCACCCAACCUGAUGGCCAUCCUGCCUUUACCCCAGAACAACCACAGUAUAGCCAGCAGCAGCAGCACCAGCAGCCACAGUAUAGCCAGCAGGGACAGUAUGGCCAGCAGCCACAGCAGCAGCCGCAGUACAGCCAGCAGCAGCAGCUGUAUAGCCAGCAGCAGCAGCAGCAACAGUAUAGCCAGCAGCAGUAUAGCCAGCAACAGCAGCAGCAGCGGGUGCGCAUGAGUGAGAGGGAGUGGCAGCAGCAACGGCAGGCAGCAGGCCCCAUGGGUCGCUCCUCCUCCUCCCCGGGUAUACACCCCCACGCUGCUGCUGCCUCCCCCGCCCUCUCCUCCUCGCCCUCCCCCCUCCACCUCCCCCACCACCACCUCCCCGCCGCCCCCUCCUCGCCUCCCCCUGCUGACUGGACACCGCCCCCUGCUGACUGGACACCGCCCCCUGCUGACUGGACACCACCCCCUGCUGACUGGACGGAGAGGGCAGCGGAUUCUCCUGUGAUGAAGCGCCUGCAGAACGGGGCACGGGCGAGGGGGGCGUGGGAGGAGCCGCAGCCGCGCGGGGCAGCAGGAGCGGGCGGCAGGCUGCAGGGCGGGCUGGAGGAGGAGCUGGGGGCGAGGUGGCAGGGGGAGGGGCAGUGGCGGGCCGGGCGGCAGGAGUCGUAUGGGAGUGGGAGUGGGGGAGAGGCGUACUGGGAGGAGGGGGGAUCGUAUGGGAGGGGCGUGGUGGUGAAUGGCAGCCCCAUUGCUGAUGGCCUCGUGGCUCAGGCUGAACUCACUGCUGGCUCCAUCCUCCCCGGCCACUACUGGUACCCACUCCCCCUCAUGCUGCCUUGCUGCACCACAUCUGUGCUUGCUGCACCACAUCUGUGCUUGCUGCACCACAUCUGUGCUUGCUGCACCACAUCUGUGCUUGCUGCACCACAUCUGUGCUUGCUGCACCACAUCUGUGCUUGCUGCACCACAUCUGUGCUUGCUGCACCACAUCUGUGCUUGCUGCACCACAUCUGUGCUUGCUGCACCACAUCUGUGCUUGCUGCGCCACAUCUGUACGACCACAGAGCUGGCUUCUGGGGGGUCAUGGGAGGCCCGUGUCUCGGCAUCAUCCCUGCGCGCCUGCCGCAGUUCCCAGAGGCCAUGCAGCGCGAGUGCUCAGGGGGGAGGACGGGAGUGGUGGUGAACGGCAGGGAGCUGCAGCGCCGCGACCUCGACCCCCUCGUGCGCCGCGGCGUGCCAGCGGUGCCCCACUGCGCGUACCUGCUGGACCAAGACGGCCGCGUGCUCGAUGCCGCCUCCGGCUCCCUCGUUGCCAACCUUGAGCCCCUUGCACCCUCGUGA